ACCAGGAAGUGUCCGUUUUUCAGAUGUUUUCAGCAUGGAUGUGUAAUGAGAACGUUUUCAGUCGUGCCAGUUAUACAAUUAAAUCAACUAUGUGAAAGUCUCGCCAUUGGAAAUUGUUUUUCGGACGUGGCUUGGUUUUAAGCUCAACAAUGUGAGAUAAUAUGUGGCACUUCACGUGAAUUAAGAAGGGAUGAGAUUCAAAACUACCGACAAGGAAGAGAGGAACUAAGAACUGCCAGAAGUCCGAAGGUCGACUUAGUACCCCUUCAUUACUUUUCUUCUACAAAACAUGAUGAGGUGUGGCGUAACAAAGUCAGCUCUUCCUUCUUCACUAAUGUGGCGACUUUCAUGGGUCUGCCUUUGUGAGCUUACUCAACUUUAGCUUCUGGAGUUUGCCUCGAAAGAGUUUGAAGGAGUGAGGAAAAUGGACGACCCGAUCACUAUCAGCUCUGACAGUGAUACAGAGGACUCUGAUGUGGAAUUCAUCGGCUGCAUCAGUAACGUUGUGAAGCGGGAUGACACGCUGCCCCUCUCCGCGGUGAGGGUGGACGUCGAUACUGUGAAAGUCAACAUCCCAACGCUUUACAUUGACCUCUCAAAUCCUAGAUGGACUUUUCCAGAGCUGAAGUCGCGCAAAAUACUAGAAUUGCCCGAGACCAAUGUAGUUAACCGGACAAAACCAGCAUUGAAUAAUUUCUCACCGGAUAACUCUGAAACAAAAAUACCAAACAAACACAAUUUAAACCUACGGACGAGGUCUUCAAGAUACCCAACCGUUAAAGUACUGCAGCAGGACUGUGGACAUGUAAAGCCAAAGAAGAGAUGUUCGGAUUCUCAAACACAACUUCAAAUAGCCCAUUAUAGCAAAGCAUUUGUCAAAUUAAGACGAUUGGCUGUUCUUGAAAGUCAUGUUGCAGAUCUGAAAACAUUAAAGUGUUCUGUAUUGUUAAACAAAGAUUGUACACAAAUGACCCUGCACCGUGGUCAACAAGACAUCAACGUUGAAACCCCAGAAUGCAAUAGUAAUAGUAGUAAUUUAUCUACCACUUUAAAUGGUCCUCACAUGGAUUCCUCACUGGCUGAGUCUCCUUCUAAGGUGGGUGAAUCUCUUAUCAGACAGGAGGACAACGAAAACAGCAAAGAGUUUACAUGCACACAGUUAAAUGCUGAAAUAUCUCAGCAUCUAGAGGGCCCAGCUGACCCUCCCUGCUCAGAUAAAGGGUGCUCUGUUGAGACCUCCAAGGAGCACAGCACUCAUGAAGGCAAAAGGGAUGACUUAAGCUCAUUCAUAAUGAUCUCCUUUCCAACAUCCCCUUCUUUAUCUCCAGAUAAAGCAGAACAUUCACAACAACGAGAAGUACUGUGCUCUAAACUAAAACAAAUGGAAUUGGACAAAGCUGAAUCUAUGCACAGCUUUCUCGCUGAUCCCUCGUUCCCCAGCUCUCCUCCCACUGGACCAAACCCUUCUGAGAAUGUUGUCUGUGACUCUCCAUCCCACACAAGUCCCAUAUCUCAUAACCUUAUGAGGCACAUCAACCCAGCAACAAUCUCUGAGAAUACACCAGCUGGAACUAUAUCUGAAGGGCAAUCGGAGGAUGUUAAGGCUGAUGACGCCUCAAACCGCUCUGACGUCUUGCUCCAUGGCAUCCAUGAUGAACCUUUUAUUUCAGUGGCAAAUGAGGACAUAGAUGACACAUCUGGGACCGGGACAUACGGAGACUAUCGCAGCCCAGGGCCUUUUAUUUGGCAAGAGGGGAGUGACGGAGACGAAGUUGACAAAGAGAGCAGGUUUGGUUUGGACUUUAGGGCAGCCAGUAGAGAGGACAGGCACUUUGUGUGCCCAAUUGACCUCAGGAAAAAAAUGUUUGGACAUGCUCAAGCCCUGCCUGAUGAGGAAGAUGAAGGUUUUGGAGCUCCUGAGGUGCUAUGCCGCCAGAGCCUGGGUGUGGUUUACACUACCAUUGAAGAAAAGCUCACAGAAGGCACUUUGCAGCACUUAUCUAACCUGCUGCAGCCUGGUUACUAUCCCCCCAAGGAUAUCACCUCCCACCUGCUGCGUGGCGUUCUGCUCGACCACCAGUGUCCUUAUCACCACUGCGUGCAGGCAUUUAAGCUGCUGAUGAGGACACAGAGACACCACAUGGCUGAUACAACUUCAGCUCCAUGGGACUGGGAGUUGUUGACCUCAGUCAUGGCCAAUCAGGACUGUAUAAAGAAGCAUCGGAGGGAGGUUGUGCGUAUGCUCCUGGAUUAUGUUGUGCAGACUUUGGAAGAUGACUUUCAGGCCAAACGCUCUAUCUCUGCCCUCCACCACUCCAUCGCCAAGACAACGUUGUCAUGCGAUGAGCAGUUCCCACACGUCAGGGAGAUCAUCAAGUGGCUCUUUGCUGCCAUUAGGGAAUCAACAGAGCCUGGAGACAGUAGAGAAGCAGCCAGAGAGAGGGAUGAACAAACCCGAAUGGUGUCGACCUUCCAGAGGAUGUUGACCUUGGCUCUGGAGGUGGACCGCUCUCCAGCUCUAACCUCUGCCAAGCUGUCCCAGGAGCUCUUCCACAUACUCAUCAGCAAUACACCUCUACGAGCACACAGGAUGUUGUUGCUGAAGAGCCUGCAGAGCAAGCUGCUGAGAUGUAAGCUGUUGGAACAACUGUUGGACUAUUCAUGCCCACUGAAAAUCACUCUUCCCAUGUCGCUCAGUCUUCUGCUUCACUUUUUGAAACACUGCACUCUGGCACCAGACCCUUCGGAUGGUACUGAAAGGUGGCAGAGGUGGGAAGAGUUGGUACAUCUUGUCUGGAUGUUGCUGCUCAGCUACAACAAAGCAAUGAAAGGUGAGAAGUUGGUCAAUUCCAGUACAUCUCAUAACAACGUUUGCAGCUAUAAUCAUGACAUUUCUCCCUGUAAAGUCUGUGAAAUGAAGGAGAACAUAUAUGUUUGUAGUGACAAUGCUAGUUGUCUGAAGUUAGCUUUCCAGUGUUCUACUGCAAGGAAGCAGACAGUGCUUGGAUCCUGUGGGAAACCUCAGACUGCAGUGAAUAUGCAAAAAUGUGUAGCAGUACCACAUUUGUGUGUUUUUUAAUCUAUAUUCUAUAACACAUAGGUGUGAGCAAGCUCUCUGAUUGGUCAAUAGGCGUGUUUGAUUCCACGAUCAAAGAACGGUCAAAUAGAACGUGCCUUUUCACAACAAGUCAGUAUCCCUCCGCGUCUGAGAAAAACGGUAUACCCUUGGCCUGAAAAGCAAACUGCUUGCAGUUUGCUUUUCGAACUGGAACAAGAAAGCAGCGGAGAAGUAACGGGGCAGAAACACUCCUUUUUACGUUACGAAACAAACUUCCAAACAUAAUAUGGAAACAUUUAAGAUUAACUUCAACCUCCGGGGGGGUCUUACUGUGGAGGACUGGAUUGAGGAGUGCCUAGAAAAAAAAGCACCUAAACGACAACAUGCAGAGCUACGUGAAGAGCAGGUAGACCAACUGGAAAAGUACCACAAUUCAAAAGCUAACUGCAAACUGGAACAAGAAAGCAGCGGAGAAGUAGUGGUUUCCAUAGCGACACACAGCCGUUACAUUGUCUCUUGUUGGAAAAUCGUUAGCUACAAAAUGUCAGAUUUUAUAGUUAUCAUCUGGACAACAGAAAAAUGUGGAGCAACUAGCUUUUUGCCAGUCCGGGACACGCCAAACGGCCACUAGAGGAAAGCUCUUCCGUGAACACCACAGUACCAACUGCAAAAAAGUCUGGCAUGGAGUUCAUGAGUUGUUUCAAAAAUUGCACGUUUAAUGGCAGCAUGAACAUCCACCUUCAUUCUGAAGCCAAAAUGUUAAAUAUGUAAAUAAAUAAAUAAAUAGCCUAA